UUAUACCAAACUCAAACAAAUCCAACCUUCUCUCUCUCUCCUGCAAAAUUCUGUAUAAACUACAUACAGAAAGAAAGGAGAAGAUAAUUUUGUAGUGAAAUCCGCCAUUGUUAUAUAUGGAGAAACUCAUCUAUUCAACAAACUCAUUUCCCUCUAAACUAUAUUCCUCUCAUCCUCUCCUUCCAAGUAGAAUUCGCCAUGUAGAUUUUAAGCUUCCUUCACUGUUGCGUAUUCAGUCGCGUCGAGUCAACUCGUUAUCCAUCAAGUGCUUCCAUGAUUCUUCUUCUUCAUCAUCAUUAUCAACCGAAACCGAAAAUGGGUAUGAGAAAAACCCAUUUGCAUUUCCGGGUUUUGGAUAUGGAUCCGGGUCGAAAACUCAUUUUCUCAAGGAGAUUGGUGAAAGGAUAUCUCAGCAAAACAAGGUCCUUUCUGCAAGUACCAUAGUUCUUCUGUCGGCUGUGUUUGUUGUGCUCAUCCAUCCGGUCAUUGUUUCACCAGCUUUUGCUAGUUUCCAAACGGCAGCUAAGGCUGGAGGGCCGGCUGCAGCAGCACUGGGGAGUCGAUUUGUUCGCAAUGAACUACUAAGCAGUGCAUGGACUGGUUUCUUUGCUGGUUGCCUACACACCCUAUCAGGUCCUGACCAUCUUGCUGCUUUGGCUCCUUUGUCAAUAGGCCGCACAAGGAUGGAGAGUGCGGCAGUGGGAGCCCUCUGGGGUUGUGGUCAUGAUGCUGGGCAGUUGAUCUUUGGCCUGUUGUUUCUGCUCUUAAAGGACAGACUCCACAUUGAAGUUAUUCGUACAUGGGGAACAAGAGUAGUAGGGUUCACCCUUCUUGUUAUUGGAGCAAUGGGAAUUAAAGAAGCAUCUGAAGUUCAUUCCCAGUUUGUUGCCCUGGAAAAUGGUGAUAGUGAGGUUAGUGUAUAUGAAAGCAUUAAUACUCCAGUUAUCGGGAAGAAGAAGAAAGUGGGGUUCACAACCUUUGCAACCGGCAUUGUCCACGGGCUUCAACCUGAUGCGCUGCUGAUAAUCCUGCCAGCGCUUGCUUUGCCUUCUCGGUUAGCUGGUGCUGCCUUCUUGGGUAUGUUCUUGGUUGGAACUGUUAUGGCUAUGGGUAGCUAUACUGUGUUUAUAGGCUCAUGUAGUCAGGCAUUGAAAGAUAGAGUUCCUAGAAUUACUGAAAAGCUCACUUGGGCCUCUUCCCUUAUUGCAAUUGGUUUAGGCCUUGCUAUAAUCAUCAGCCAAUUUUUUGGUUUUAGCCUAUACUAACCGAAAUCCGGCGUUUCAUUUGUUUAUCUUCAAUAUUAGGUAAUGUAUUUUUUUUUGAGAUUAUAUUUUUUGAUUGAAGAUUCAUCUUGUAGCAUCAUUAAUGAUAUCUUCAAGUUGUUCAUUUGUUUAUCUUCAUUAUUAGGUGAUGGACUGGGAAGCAUUCACUAUCAUUUGAUAUAUCAUUCUGUUCCUACUUGCAAGUUUUAAUUCAUGUUUGUUUGGCAAAGGGAGCGGGCGGGUUGAGCCUUUCAUCGUUGAAAUUUCAACCCGUGUGUUUCAAUUUAUUUGUCCUAUUUUGGCUUGAUAUUUGGUGCAUUCGCAAAUGCGAAGGUCAGUUAUCUGGAUGGAUGAUGAUUAUAUUUAUAGCAAAGAGGAGUAUAAAUUGGACAUUUUCGAAUUUAGGUAAGACCCUAAUUUUUACUUUUUUUUUAUUGGCAAAGAGGAGUUUGUGGGGAAAUUUCUUGUUGGAUUGUUUCAGACCCAAAUCAUUGAGGUAAUUAUUCCCUAACACCUUUGGGUUAAUAUAAUACUUGAUUUUAGUCUG